CGACAGAUUCUGCCAAGCUCGAGAGUCGAGAGCUUGCAGUGCUAAAAUCAACUGCGCUGGAAGUUCAUCUCUAUGAGCUUUUAUUUUGUAUUUAUAAAAUUAUAAAAAUUCAAGUUAAUCAAGUAUCAAGUCAGUGUAAUCAUUUUUUUUUUGUGCGACAAUAUUUCAUGUGAAAUUAUAAUAUUGUUUUUAACGAAUUAGAAAAACAAAUAUAUUUAUCAAUAGCUAGACAAAAUGUUUAAGAUAUUGGUAAAUAAUUAAAUCAACGAUUUUUAACAAAACAAUCAUAUUUUUUAAUUUUUAUUGCUCAAAAAAAAAAACAUUAAAAUCGUUCAAACAAUUGUUAAAGAUAUUUUAAUUAUUCGAUUUUUGAAAAUUAAAAACUCAAUUGUUCGAUUGUGACAUAUAAAUAUCAAUAAUAUAGUAGUUAAGUGUUGAAGUUUUUUUUUUAAAAUUUGUUUUCAUGAAAAACAUGAUGGCUUUUAUAUGAAAACUAAAAAAAAAAAGAGAAUAAGUGUUUUUUAAAAAUGACAUGUCAAUUUGAUUGACAAUAGUUUGAAUGUUUAGUGUUAAAAAUUUGACAUUAUAUUUAAAAUAUCAUUUAUGAUAUUUAUUGUGUGUUAAUAAAUAUGCAUUUGCAUUUUGAAACAACCAGCAAUGCUAAAUGUGACUCGAAUAUAUUGUCUCUCAGUUGGAUGGGCAAAGUGCCUGAUGAAUUGCCCGAGGACGAAGGAUGGAAGUUGAAUCGCACAAAUUAUUAUCAGGAAGGGUGGUUGGCAACUGGAAAUGCCCGGGGUCUUGUUGGGGUGACCUUUACUUCAUCCCAUUGCAGGACCAGAGCAACUGAGGCACCACUAAGAGCCAACUACAAUUUACGAGGACAUCAGAGUCAGGUCGUUCUUGUCAAAUGGAAUGAGCCAUAUCAAAAAUUGGCCUCAUGUGACAGGUCGGGAGUAAUAUUCGUGUGGAUCAAAUAUGAAGGAAGGUGGAGCAUUGAAUUAAUAAACGAUCGUAAUAUACCAGUCACGCACUUUUCUUGGUCUCAUGAUGGACGUAUGGCAUUGAUAUGUUAUCGGGAUGGGUUUGUUCUUGUGGGAAGUGUUGGUGGACAAAGAUACUGGUCAUCAAUGUUGAAUGAUCAAGCAAAGAUAACUUGCGGAAUAUGGACACCAGAUGAUCAACAGGUUUAUUUUGGUACGACAACUGGUCAAUUAAUUGUCAUGGAUGUUCAUGGUGCUAUGGUCUCAGAGGUACAGUUAUCUGCUGGUGUCACGUCAAUGGCUUGGAGUGCCGAAAAAUUUAAGAUGGAAGAGGGUGAUGAUGAUGUCUCGACCGAUCAAACUCACCAAGAUGAACAAAAUUAUAUUUUGGCUGUGUGUUUGACAAAUGGCCAUAUUGUCAUGCUAAGGUCAUACGAUGAUAUUUCACCAAUAACAAUUAAGACUGGUCUAAGAGCACCGUUAUAUGCUGAAUGGAGUAAUUCAAGAAAAUUACUUGCAAUUGCCGGAAGCAAAGAAAUCAAUAGCACCAAUGGAAAUACUUGUGAAUAUAAAAAUCGUAUUAAAUUUUAUUCAGAUACUGGAACACUUAUUUACAGAACUGAACUUCCAUAUACUCAGUGUCGUAUUUCGGCAUUAACGUGGGGUCACAAUGACAGACGUUUGUUUAUUGCAACUGGGGCUCGUGUUCAUGCUGCCUGGGUCUCCAGACGAAUUGGAUCAUUGCAGCUGUUAUCAAGGCUGUCAGUACGUUCUUCUUUAACUCAUGAAUCUGGUGUUGAACAACUUCCCCUGCCACCAAGGCUAAAAUCUCUAGUUGGAGCACUUUUUGCCAAUACAAUAAAGUCGUGCGUGCCUGAGCCAACAGAUUUAAGAAAGUUUGUGUCGAGGCCACCACCAGGAGGUGGUAGACUAUAUUGUACAAUGUUAAGACAUGCUGGUGAACCAGCACCAUGUUAUACUUUGUAUCUUGAAUAUCUUGGUGGCUUGGUGCCACUUUUAAAAGGUCGUAGAACAAGUAAAAUACGUCCUGAAUUUGUAAUAUUUGAUCCACAAGCACAAGAUAUUAAUUUGGCUAAUGAUUCAAUAUCACAAUAUUUAUCAUUCAAUGAUACAUCACGUUCAGAUACACGUAAAUAUCAUUCGGAGCCACAAGUUUAUAAAUACAGUGAUGGCUCUGAUACAGAUAAAGAUACAACUGAUUUAGCUGAUUCACCAAAACAUCGAAGAAGACAUCGUAAAAGACGUGGUGAAAAAACAUCAGAUGAUAAUGAUUUAACAUAUGUUGAUACACUACCAGAACAUGCAAAAUUAGUUGAAGUUACUUCAAAUAUAUGGGGAACAAAAUUUAAAAUUCAUGGUUUAACUGAUUCAGUACCAGCAAAUUUAGGCCAAGUUACUUAUAGAACGUCAUUGUUACAUUUACAACCAAGACAAAUGACACUUGUCAUGACAGAAUUACGAGAUGAUCUUCCAGCAGGUCCAGAUCCUAGUUUCAAUCCAAAUUUAUUUUCUGAAGAUGAAGAAGAAAUAUUUCAAGAGCCCCAGGGAGCAUCAAGAUCAACUCAAGAUGUACAACCACCACCAAUAGCACCAAUGACACCUCGUAAUGCUCGUCUAAAUACAAAUAGACCAAAAUCACAAAUAUCAAAUCAAUUUAUUGGUAAUGAAAAUUCAAUAGCAACGGCAGUUGUACAUACUGAUAAUUAUGAAGAAGAUUUUCCAUAUGUUGAUCGUCAGGGUAUUAUUGAUUUUUGUGAAAGUAUACGUGCAACAUCAAGUACAACAUACAGAUCACAAAGACACAAUGCACCACGUUGUUGUGAUGUGCCAGCAUUACAAUCACCUAAAAAUGCUGUUGCACCAACUCAAACACUUAUUGCAACAUCAAAUCAAACAAAUGAUUAUUCAACUAAUAUACAAAGAGUUAAAACAGCACUUGCUGAUCAACAAACAAUACGUAAAGAAUUUGAAAAUAAUAAAAUUAAUAAUAAUGAUGAUAAAAUUAAUAAUAUACCAUCAUGUCAAACAAAUAUUAUACAAACAUCAAUGCAAAAUGGACAAAAUUCAAUUAUAACAAAUAAUCAUAAUAAUAGUAAUAAUAAUAAUAAUAAUAGUAAUAAUAAUAGUAACAAUACACAAUCACAACAAGUUUAUAUUAAUAAUAAUAAUUCAACUGGUGUACAAAAUAGUAAUACAAAUUAUAUUAAUACAAAAAAUAAUAAUAAAACAAGUUGUUAUGGAACAAAUUUAACAUCAUUAAAUUUAACGAAAAAUUUUCAUACAACAACAAAUGAAUCAAAUUCACCAACAUCAUCAUCAUCGUCAUCAUAUCCAAAUACAAAUUUUGUAACAUCAUGUGGUAAUUCACAAUGUUCACAUAAAAGAAAAGAAAAAGAGGGUAAAACAACUGGUUGUUGUGGUAAAUCAAGUGGUAAUCAUACUAAUCAAGUUGGUGUAUCACCAUGUAAAAAUGAAGAACUUAGAUUUAUUGAUGAAGAAUUUAUUAAAAAUGAUAUUGAAUUUAAUGGACAAAUAUGUAGUGUACAUAGAACACCAACUGUUGCUAGUAUUGGACCAUUAUAUUCAUCACUUGAUCCAAUGGUACGUAGUUGUAGUGUUGGAUAUUUAGAUUUAGUUGAUGCUCAAAUGGUACCAUGUGAUGUUGCAUUAAAAAUGUUAAGAAAAGAAGCACCAAAUAAACGUCUUGUUCUUGUAUCAAGAAAAACUAAAAAAAGAAAAAAAAAUAAACAACAACAUGAUCAUCAACAACAACAAGAACAACAACAUCAACAACAACAUAAACAAAAUCCACAUGAUAAUGAUUUACAAGAUAAUUCAAAGCCAAAAUUACGUACAUGUGGUAAAUCAAAAAGUUUAGAUUCAAGUGAUAUGUUUCCAAGUUGUGAAAAUAUUGUAUUAAAGCCAAAAUUAUCUGAACAUAUUGAAGAAGCAAGUGGAUGUACAAAUGAUAUAUGUGAAAAUUUUUCAUUAUUAAAUAAUAAUGAUAAUAAAAAUGUAACAUUAAAUAUAAUACGUGAUGAAUUAGAAGAAAUAAAUAAUAAUAAUUCAAAUAAAUUACGUAUUGAUGAUAAUUCUUGUGAGGCAAAAUCAAGUGGUUCAUUGUCAUCAUCAUUAGAUGGUCUUGCAGCAAGAUUACGUGAUUUUGAUGAUUGUCAUAGUUUACCACCACCAUCACCAAGACCAAGUGGUACUAGAUUACCAAGAAGUAGUCCAGCAAGUUCACCAAGUAGUCCAGCACCAUCAAAAAAAGGUAAAAGACCAGCAUCAGCAUCACCAAUUAGAAGAAGGCUAUUGUCAAGUCCAUUAUUAAGUAGACGUACACGUAAAAGUCGAGGUGAAAGUUCAGAUGAUGAAAUACAAGCUCAAGAUGAAUCAUCAAAAAGUUAUAGAAAUUUGGAAACAUUCCAAAAAGCUCAACUUCGUCAAAAGCUCAAACAAAAAGCUGGAGGAUUGACGGGAAAUAAAGCUGAAGAGCUUGUUAUGCACAACAAAGCACCAAUGUGGAAUGAAUCAAGUCAAGUAUAUCAACUUGAUUUUGGUGGUCGUGUUACUCAAGAGAGUGCUAAAAAUUUUCAAAUUGAAUAUCGUGGUAAACAGGUCAUGCAGUUUGGAAGAAUCGAUGGAAAUGCAUAUACUCUGGACUUUCAGUAUCCUUUCAGUGCCCUUCAAGCAUUUGCCGUUGCCCUAGCAAACGUCACGCAACGGCUCAAGUAACCAUCAAUCCUCUCGAGUACCGCAUUUACGAUACGUACGAAAUUCGUUAUCAAUCAAUGACGUUUUCGUCCAAUUCAAUUUAAUUAAAAUUUUAAUAAUUAUUUUUAUUAUCUCCCUUGCUUUUUUAUUAAACCAAUACAUCAUUGUCAAAACAAAAAUUAAAUACUUUUAAUUUAUGUUACAGAUCCGUUAGAAAUCUUGAAUAUGAAUAUUCGUGAUU